UGUUGUCUUCUGUCAAAAGUUGGAAUUACAAGGCGAAGUCAUUCUAAAAGCAGUGAUCGUUUAAAAUUUUAUAGCUUUGAGUUAUAUCUAAGUGUUUGAACUUGUAUUACAAUAAAAAUAUUUUUUUCAUUAAUAUAAAUCUUAGCUAUGGCCGAUAAGAAAAAAGGAAGCACAAGUAAUGCGCCUGAAGAUUUGGCUACCGCUAUUCUCAAAAGGAAAGAUCGUCCAAAUAGGCUUAUCGUCGAAGAAGCAAUCAAUGAUGAUAACUCCGUCGUUGCUCUUUCACAAGCAAAAAUGGAUGAACUCCAGCUAUUCAGAGGAGAUACCGUUUUACUCAAGGGAAAACGAAGGAAAGAGACUGUAUGCAUAGUUCUUUCUGACGAAACUUGCCCUGAUGAGAAAAUUAGGAUGAAUAGAAUUGUGAGAAAUAAUCUUAGAGUUCGCUUGUCAGAUGUAGUAUCUAUUCAAGCAUGUCCAGAUGUGAAAUACGGAAAAAGAAUUCACCUUCUUCCUAUUGAUGAUACCGUUGAAGGCCUCGUUGGAAAUCUUUUCGAGGUUUAUUUGAAGCCAUAUUUCCUUGAAGCUUAUAGGCCUAUUCAUGUUGAUGAUGUCUUUAUCGUGAGAGGAGGUAUGAGAGCAAUUGAGUUUAAAGUUAUUGAAACAGAUCCUACUCCAUACUGCAUUGUGGCUCCAGAUACUGUUAUCCACUGUGAUGGUGACCCAAUUAGUCGUGAGGAGGAAGAAGAGUCUCUUAAUUCAGUAGGUUACGAAGAUAUUGGUGGUUGUAGAAAACAGUUGGCCCAAAUAAAAGAGAUGGUUGAGCUUCCUUUACGUCACCCUUCAUUGUUCAAAGCAAUAGGUGUGAAGCCACCACGUGGUAUUUUACUCUAUGGACCUCCUGGAACUGGUAAAACUCUUAUUGCAAGAGCUGUUGCAAAUGAAACUGGAGCUUUCUUUUUCUUAAUAAAUGGACCAGAAAUUAUGAGCAAGUUAGCUGGAGAAUCUGAGAGUAACUUGAGAAAGGCAUUUGAAGAAGCGGAUAAGAACUCCCCAGCCAUCAUUUUCAUUGAUGAAUUGGAUGCUAUCGCACCAAAACGUGAAAAGACUCAUGGUGAAGUUGAAAGACGUAUAGUUUCUCAACUAUUAACACUCAUGGAUGGUAUGAAAAAGAGCUCUCACGUUAUCGUUAUGGCUGCUACUAACAGACCAAACUCUAUCGACCCUGCUUUGAGAAGGUUUGGAAGAUUUGACAGAGAAAUUGAUAUUGGUAUUCCUGAUGCCACAGGAAGAUUAGAGGUUUUGAGAAUACACACCAAGAAUAUGAAGUUGGCAGAUGAUGUGGAUUUAGAACAAAUUGCUGCAGAAACUCAUGGUCAUGUGGGAGCCGAUUUAGCAUCCUUGUGCUCAGAAGCUGCUUUACAACAAAUUAGGGAAAAAAUGGAUCUUAUUGAUUUGGAAGAUGAUCAGAUCGAUGCCGAAGUACUGAACUCUCUAGCCGUCACCAUGGAAAACUUCCGUUACGCAAUGUCUAAAAGCAGUCCUAGUGCUUUACGUGAAACUGUUGUGGAAGUUCCUAAUAUAUCUUGGGACGACAUUGGUGGUCUUCAAAACGUCAAGAAAGAAUUGCAAGAACUUGUCCAGUAUCCAGUCGAACAUCCAGAUAAGUUCCUCAAGUUUGGUAUGCAGCCCUCUCGUGGAGUACUGUUCUAUGGACCGCCAGGUUGCGGUAAAACUCUGUUGGCCAAGGCCAUCGCGAAUGAGUGCCAGGCAAACUUCAUCUCUGUUAAAGGACCCGAACUGCUCACCAUGUGGUUUGGAGAAUCUGAAGCCAAUGUCAGGGACAUUUUCGACAAGGCUAGAUCUGCCGCACCUUGUGUGCUCUUCUUUGAUGAGUUAGAUUCCAUUGCUAAGUCGAGAGGUGGCAGUGUAGGAGAUGCUGGUGGUGCAGCUGACAGAGUAAUAAAUCAAAUUCUUACCGAAAUGGACGGUAUGGGCGCCAAGAAAAAUGUUUUCAUCAUUGGAGCUACCAACAGACCAGACAUCAUUGAUCCUGCAAUCCUGAGACCCGGACGUCUAGAUCAAUUGAUUUAUAUUCCUCUGCCCGACGAAAAAUCACGUGAGGCAAUCUUCAAGGCCAAUCUACGAAAAUCUCCUGUCGCUAAAGAUGUAGAUCUCACUUACAUCGCUAAGGUAACGCAUGGAUUCUCAGGUGCCGACUUGACAGAAAUCUGCCAAAGGGCUUGCAAGCUUGCCAUUCGUCAAAGCAUCGAGUCUGAGAUCAGAAGGGAAAGAGAAAGAGUUGAAAGCACAAGUCUUGCUAUGGAUUUGGAUGACGAUGAUCCAGUCCCAGAAAUUACUAAAGCUCAUUUUGAAGAAGCAAUGAGAUUUGCUAGGCGGUCUGUAACUGAUAACGAUAUCAGAAAAUACGAAAUGUUCGCUCAAACUCUCCAACAGUCUAGAGGAUUCGGCACAAACUUCCGUUUCCCUACCGCCGCUGGACAAUCUGCGACACCUGGAGGCACAGGUGGAGAUCAGGGCAACUUCCAAGAUGAUCCUGAAGACGAUCUUUAUAGUUAAGCACUCUGAAACUAAUACAUCCUUUUUAUAUUUAUCACAUUCAAUUCUUCAGUUUAGAUCAUUUGAAAUUAAUGUACCAUUAUUAUAAUUUUGAUUAUGAUAAAAGUUUGUAAAGUUGGAA